UGAGCGUGCAACUGCACCAGUCACGCAAUUGUGUUCUGGUGAUGCCUCAGUUCAUUCGCGUAAGGUAAGAAACAAGAAACUGGAUUCUCGUCACAAAGGUUUUAUAGAGAUGUCAUGGUGAUUACGUAUCCAUUAUGAUUUGGUUUUUUGCAUCUAUUAUCAUUGUUGCACAGUCCAAGAAUCUACUUGCCUUCGACUGCUCCAGCAAUGCUCAGGUGCCGUAUGACGGAGAUCGGAUUAUACAAGCUAGUGCUGCCUACACUUGCUCAUGGGUGAUCACAGUGCCUGAAAACUAUACUGUUAAACUCACUAUAUCAAAGAAUAACAUCGCUUCUGUUGGUAACACAAACUGUGUUAAUGACUAUGUACAGAUUCGAGAUGGUGGGAGUAACACGAGCACCUUGUUGAAGAAAAUGUGCAGCUCAAACCCAGGUCCUUCUGUGUUCCGUUCAAUUGGAAGUCAAAUGUGGGUGGAAUACAGUUCAACUCAAGCAAGCAAUUCCUUCCAAGCUUCCUUUAAGAAGCUUCUUGAUCCAUCUUUUUGCCCCGGAAAUAUCAAUUCCAAUGGAACCUCAGGAUCCAUUACCAGCCCAUUUUACCCAUUGAACUACCCGAGUGACAUGGAGUGCACGUGGAAUUUAACAGGACCAGCCGGAUCGCGGCUCACUCUCGUAUUUUACCGGAUAUGCCUCGGUAUCUGCCCGCCCAGCGCUUCGUCGUCCACGCCAUGCGCGGACGGUCUAUGUAGUAGUUUAGAUAUUGGUGAAGUCACAGUAGGCGAUCAGCAUCUUUGUCCAUUUUCUUCGGUAACGCCGUUUAUUUCAGUGGACAAUCAAAUCUCUUUGUCCAUGUUGACCAAUGAGCAAACCUCAAGAGGAUUCGUGGCGGAUUAUCAUAAUGUAUUUCGUGAUGAAGCGUGCCUUCAGAUGACACAACUGACGAACACGAGUGGAUGGUUUUCCAGUCCGAACUUCCCUGCCAACUAUCCUGAUAAUAUUCAGUGCGGCUGGAAUAUUUCAAUCCCUGCAGGGUACAAGAUUUAUCUAAAUUUCCUGGACUUUGAUCUCGAAGAUUGUGUAAGCUCGUGCUCUUGCGACUAUGUUGAGGUUGCUAUCGGCAAAGACUACGCGCAAAAGAAAUGUGGAACAUUACAGCCAGGUGAAUGGAAGGUGAAAAGUCAUUUUGGACGUGAUAUCGUGGUGACGUUUAAAUCUGAUAGUCAUUCAAAUAAGAAGGGAUUUCAAGCAGUUUACACAUUUGUACCUUUAGAAGCAUGGGAGUCUGUUCCUAGUGUUUACUGUCCAUGGUCAGAGUCAUCUACAACAACAACGCCGACAACUGCCAAAGACAGUGAGGAACAAAGUUCACAGACCGCAAAAACAGAUAUAUCCAGCACGGCAGAGGAACCUUCAUCAAAUGGAGGCACCAAUCCACCGACGCUUCACACUCCACGUAACUCGAUAGGAAAGAUGCAAGUGAACAGUUUCUUAUGGUUUCUUACAAAUUUAGCCCUCGUUGUUUUCUCUAGUUGCCUGGAGUGACUUGCCUAUUUCCUCGAGGGUUAAGUUCCGAUUACUGACAUUUGGGACUGUUUCAGCGGUAAUAAAAAAGGACGCCCCGUGAAUGUACUCAAA